AUGGUGUUGCUCAUCAUUUCUUUGUGAAAUGCCUGAAGAGACGAUUGAGGAAACAUUUACGAGACAGUUUGAUCAACUGAAGGGUGAAGUCUGGACACAAUGAUCCGACCACAGAGAGACACUGAAGAUGAAGCUGCUGAGUCUCGUCCUGUCAGAUCCAACACAGCAUCAAAGUUGACAUUAGAAAGAGUGCUUCUGCUGCUUCUGUCGGCUCUGCUGGCUGCUGCUCUCAUUGUCAUUUACCGUCUCUGUGAGUUUCUACACAUUCAUUCAUGUACUUUUACCUCGUUUAACAACAUCAGAACCAAUGAAGAUCUCAAAAUGAAGUGUGAAACUGGUCAUCAAAGUCUGUCAGAUGAGCCGUGUCCAAAAUGUGAAGCAGGCUGGGAGAAUUAUGGAGGAAAGUGUUAUAACUUCACCACCAAUAAAUCAUCCUGGGAAGAGAGCAGACGUUUCUGCCAAAGUCAAGGAGGAGAUCUGGUGAAGAUAGACAGCAGGGAUGAGCAGAGUUUCCUGGAGCGACGACUGAGAGACGUAAUGGAAAAAGACCAGGACAAGUUCUGGAUCGGCCUGACCGACUCAAAAGAAGAAGGCAGAUGGUUGUGGGUGGACGGCUCACUGCUGGAUGAAAGGUUGAAGUUUUGGAGCCCCGGGCAGCCAGACAACUGGAAAGGAACAGGUCCUGAUGGACAGGAUUGUGUGAGGAUGGGAGAGAAAGAUGGAGCUCAUGACCUGAACUGUUGGUUUGACCACUCGUGCAAAAAUCCUCACAGAAGUAUUUGUGAGAAACCAGAAAAAAAGGGCCAGCGUGUGUCUGUAUGUGUCUAAAGUUCCCUUCAGGUUUAGAAACAAUCUGAGUACAGGAUACAGAAGGUGGAGCGAUGCUGUUUUAAUAAAGCUAAAGUCACAAACAUUUAAAGAUUCCCUGUAGGCUUUUCAAAGACAAAAUAA